CCCCUGCCGCCAGUCGCCGCGGUGGCUGCCGGGAUGUGCCGCAGCGAAUGGUCGCGCGGGGCGCCGCUCUGAGUGACCUUUCACCCGCGCCCAGCGGCCUCGGGCGGCGGCACAAGGCGGAAGCCAUGGCGGAGGCGGCGGGCGAGGCGGGCGCGAGCGAGCGGGACCCAGACGCGGGCCGCGCGCGCCGGCGGCUGCGGGUUCUGUCGGGCCAUCUGCUGGGCCGGCCCCAGGAGGCUCCGAGUACCAAUGAGUGUAAAGCGCGGAGAGCCGCGUCGGCGGCCGGGGCGUCGCCCGCCGCCACUCCCGCCGCGCCGGAGUCGGGCACCAUCCCCAAGAAGCGACAAGAAGUUAUGAAAUGGAAUGGAUGGGGCUAUAAUGAUUCCAAGUUCUUCUUCAAUAAGAAGGGCCAGGUUGAGCUGACUGGGAAAAGGUACCCUCUCAGUGGCUUGGCUUUACCAACUUUGAAAGACUGGAUCCAGAAAACCCUUGGAGUAAAUCUGGAGCAUAAAACUACCUCUAAAGCAUCCUUAAAUCCUAGUGAAGUACCUCCCUCUAUUGUAAAUGAAGAUUUCCUUCAGGAACUUAAAGAAACUCGUAUUUCCUACUCACAGGAAGCAGAUGAUCGAGUGUUCAGAGCUCACGGUCAUUGUCUUCAUGAGAUAUUUUUGCUCAGGGAAGGGAUGUUGGAGCGGAUUCCUGAUAUAGUUGUUUGGCCAAUGUGUCAUGAUGAUGUAGUUAAGAUUGUGAAUCUAGCGUGCAAAUAUAACCUUUGUAUCAUACCAAUUGGUGGAGGAACAAGUGUGUCAUAUGGCUUGAUGUGUCCUGCAGAUGAGACAAGAACAAUAAUUUCUUUGGAUACUUCACAGAUGAACCGGAUUCUCUGGGUUGAUGAGAACAAUCUGACAGCUCAUGUAGAGGCUGGGCUAACAGGACAAGAGUUGGAAAGGCAGCUUAAAGAAAGCGGUUAUUGUACAGGUCACGAGCCAGACUCCCUGGAAUUCAGCACUGUGGGAGGGUGGAUAGCCACUCGGGCAUCAGGCAUGAAGAAGAACAUCUAUGGCAAUAUUGAGGACCUGGUGGUUCAUAUAAAAAUGGUAACCCCUAGAGGUGUAAUAGAGAAAAGCUCCCAAGGACCUCGCAUGUCAACAGGCCCUGAUAUCCAUCACUUCAUCAUGGGAUCUGAAGGAACUCUUGGUGUAAUAACAGAAGCUACAAUAAAAAUCAGACCAAUCCCUGAAUACCAAAAGUAUGGCUCGGUAGCUUUCCCUAAUUUUGAACAAGGAGUAGCCUGUUUAAGAGAAAUUGCAAAGCAGAGGUGUGCUCCUGCAUCGAUCCGCCUCAUGGACAACCAGCAGUUUCAGUUUGGUCAUGCUCUUAAACCUCAGGUCUCCUCUAUUUUUACAUCAUUUUUAGAUGGAUUAAAAAAGUUUUAUAUUACAAAGUUUAAAGGAUUUGAUCCAAAUCAACUAAGCGUAGCCACAUUACUGUUCGAGGGGGACCGUGAGAAGGUUCUUCAACAUGAAAAACAAGUAUAUGACAUUGCUGCAAAAUUUGGUGGUCUGGCAGCUGGAGAAGAUAAUGGACAGAGGGGUUAUUUGCUGACUUACGUCAUUGCGUAUAUGCGUGAUUUGGGUUUGGAAUACUAUGUAGUAGGAGAAUCUUUUGAGACUUCUGCUCCUUGGGACAGGGUUAUAGAUCUGUGUAGAAAUGUCAAAGAGAGGAUAAGAAGGGAAUGCAAAGAAAAGGGUGUUCAGUUCGCACCUCUUUCUACAUGCAGGGUGACGCAGACGUAUGAUGCAGGUGCAUGUAUCUACUUCUAUUUUGCCUUUAACUACAGGGGAAUUAGUGACCCACUGACUGUGUUUGAGCAAACAGAGGCAGCUGCUAGAGAUGAAAUCCUUGCCAAUGGAGGGAGCCUGUCACAUCACCAUGGAGUGGGCAAGUUACGAAAGCAGUGGCUAAAGGAAAGCAUCUCUGAUGUCGGCUUUGGGAUGCUAAAGUCUGUCAAGGAAUAUGUGGACCCCAGGAACAUCUUUGGAAACAGAAACCUUUUGUAACUCCGUGGAUAUCAUUGUGAAAAAUGUUAUCUUUUUAAAGUCAUCAGUUAUGGUUAUACCAGUAAUCAAAUAUAUCAUGGACUGUAUUUCA